CUUAUGACUGUUCUCUUCAGUUCAGCAAAGAGCAAAAGCAGUAUGGUGCAUAAGUAGCACAUGUGUCUGGAAGCAAAGAGGAACUUGCAAAAACAAAACAAAGCCAAAGAAAGAAACUGAAGAUCACAUUCUUCAUCUAUCAAGCACUAUGUCUCGCCCUGCGCACAGAAGACCAGAAUACCAUAAAAUAAACAAAGAUCUCUUUGUCCUCACCUAUGGAGCCCUGGUUGCCCAACUAUGUAAGGAUUAUGAAAAAGAUGAAGAUGUGAAUAAAUAUUUAGAUAAAAUGGGAUAUGGCAUCGGAACACGGUUAGUGGAAAACUUUUUGGCACGAACUUGUGUAAGACGAUGCCACAGUUAUUCAGAAAUUACAGACAUAAUUGCCCAGGUUGCUUUCAAGAUGUAUUUGGGAAUUACACCAAGUGUGACCUGUAACAAUGCAAGCAAAAAUGAAUUUUCCCUGAUUCUAGACAAGAAUCCUCUGGCAGAGUUUGUGGAAGAGCUCCCCGCUGGGCGAUCCUCUCUGUGCUACUGCAAUUUACUCUGUGGGAUUAUCAGAGGUGCCCUGGAAAUGGUUCAUUUGGCUGCUGAUGUUACAUUCUUGCAAGACAGACUAAAAGGUGACAGGGUGACAGAAAUAGGGAUAACAUUUCUAAAGAAACACGAUGAGAAAAAACACAGACGGAAAAAAUGA